UCCAGGACGUAAAUCCACAGGAUCCAGCAGGAUCUCACCGCUGAUGUGUUGGCACUUUGAGUGUUGAAGAUGCUUCCCGGAGCGCUCACCGUGCUGCUGGCUUUAUUCAGCCUCACCGAGAGCAAACAAAAGGACUUUUAUACUUUUAAAGUUGUGAACAGCAGAGGGAAGUUAGUCUCUCUGGAGAAAUACCGGGGAGCGGUGUCUCUGGUGGUGAACGUAGCCAGCGAAUGUGGCUUCACCGAGGAGCACUACAAAGACCUGCAGCAGCUCCAGCGGGACUUUGGUCCGUACCACUUCAACGUGCUGGCCUUCCCGUGCAACCAGUUCGGCCAGCAGGAGCCCGGCAGCGACAAGGAGAUCGACAGCUUUGUGCGCAGAGUCUAUGGAGUCUCUUUCCCUCUCUUCAGUAAAAUCGCCGUGAUCGGGACUGGAACCAACAAUGUCUACAAGUAUCUUGUUGAAUCCUCUGGAAAGGAGCCCGACUGGAAUUUCUGGAAGUAUCUUAUCGACGUAAACGGCAAAGUGGUUGACGCGUGGGGACCGAAAGUUCCUGUCAAAGAAAUCCGACCCAAAAUAGCGGACAUGGUGCGGCAGAUAAUCUUAAAGAAGAAAGAAGAGCUUUAACCUUUGACCCCUUCGCUGCACAGCUGUUCCUGCUGUAGGAAAUAUAAACACGCUGGUACAAGAAGCAAAGGGACAAACUCAACACUUCCUCCGUCCUUCCUUCCUUCCU